AUGAUCUUAGAAUCGACCUACAAAUCUGUGAUCUGGCUCGACUUGAGGGUUGACGUCAGGCAGGCGGCCGGUCAUAAAAAUAAUGUCGGUGCAACA